UUCCGAUGACGGUGAACGCACCAUCCCAGUCCCGAUUCUCCAUCUUCCUCAACCUGGCAAAGGAAGGGACCAAACCUGCGUCUUGCACUCCACAUUUCACCGCGGACGUAAACUUGAAUCAGACUUAAAGGACCACAAUCAUGACGGACUCCAAAUAUUUCACAACAAACAAAAAAGGGGAGAUUUUUGAGCUGAAGGCAGAGCUGAACAAUGAGAAGAAGGAGAAGAGAAAAGAGGCGGUGAAGAAGGUCAUCGCUGCCAUGACUGUUGGCAAGGAUGUCAGUUCUUUGUUUCCAGAUGUGGUGAACUGCAUGCAGACCGACAACCUGGAACUGAAGAAGUUGGUCUACCUCUACUUAAUGAACUACGCCAAGACCCAGCCUGACAUGGCCAUCAUGGCCGUCAACAGCUUCGUCAAGGACUGUGAGGAUCCCAACCCUCUGAUCCGGGCCCUGGCCGUUCGCACCAUGGGCUGCAUCCGGGUGGACAAGAUCACGGAGUACCUGUGUGAGCCGCUGAGGAAAUGCCUGAAGGAUGAGGACCCAUACGUGAGGAAGACGGCGGCUGUUUGUGUGGCGAAACUCCAUGACAUCAAUGCCCAGAUGGUGGAGGACCAGGGCUUCCUGGACUCCCUGAGAGAUCUCAUUGCUGACUCAAAUCCCAUGGUUGUGGCCAACGCGGUUGCUGCGCUGUCUGAGAUCAGCGAGUCUCACCCCAACAGCAACCUGCUGGACCUCAAUCCCCAGAACAUCAACAAGCUGCUGACGGCCCUCAACGAGUGCACUGAGUGGGGACAGAUCUUCAUCCUGGACUGCUUGUCCAACUACAACCCCAAGGAUGAGCGUGAAGCCCAAAGCAUCUGUGAGCGCGUCACUCCCCGACUGUCUCACGCCAACUCAGCAGUGGUGCUGUCCGCUGUCAAGGUGCUGAUGAAGUUCCUGGAGCUGCUGGCCAAGGACUCCGAUUACUACAACACCUUGCUGAAGAAGUUGUCCCCACCGCUGGUCACCUUGCUCUCUGGAGAGCCCGAGGUCCAGUACGUGGCUCUGAGGAACAUCAACCUCAUUGUUCAGAAAAGGCCUGAGAUCCUGAAGCAGGAGAUCAAGGUAUUCUUUGUCAAGUACAACGACCCCAUCUAUGUGAAACUGGAGAAACUGGACAUCAUGAUCCGCUUGGCCUCUCAGGCCAACAUUGCUCAGGUACUGGCUGAACUGAAGGAAUACGCCACAGAGGUGGACGUUGACUUUGUGCGCAAGGCUGUACGAGCCAUCGGACGCUGUGCCAUCAAAGUGGAGCAAUCAGCUGAGCGCUGUGUCAGCACCCUGCUGGACCUGAUCCAGACCAAGGUCAACUACGUGGUUCAGGAGGCUAUUGUGGUCAUCAGGGAUAUCUUCCGCAAGUACCCAAACAAGUAUGAAAGCAUCAUUGCUACGCUGUGUGAGAAUCUGGACUCUCUGGAUGAGCCGGAUGCUCGUGCUGCCAUGAUCUGGAUCGUUGGCGAGUAUGCCGAGAGGAUCGAUAACGCUGAUGAAUUGCUGGAGAGCUUCCUCGAGGGCUUCCACGAUGAGAGCACCCAGGUCCAGCUAACUCUGCUGACUGCCAUUGUUAAGCUGUUCCUUAAGAAGCCAUCGGAGACUCAGGAGUUGGUGCAGCAGGUCCUCAGCCUGGCCACUCAGGACUCCGACAACCCUGACCUGCGUGACAGGGGCUACAUUUAUUGGCGCCUGUUGUCCACCGACCCCGUGACUGCCAAGGAGGUGGUGUUGUCAGAAAAGCCCCUGAUCUCAGAGGAGACGGACCUGAUUGAGCCCACCCUGCUGGAUGAGCUCAUCUGCCACAUUGGCUCCCUGGCCUCCGUCUAUCACAAACCGCCCAGCGCCUUCGUGGAGGGCAGCCACGGAGUCCACCGCAAACAUCUUCCUGUGCAGCACAGCAGCAUUGAUACUGGCGAGAGCCCAGUGAGCAGUGGGCCACCGGCUGCCAUGGAGCAGCAACAUGUGAUCCCCAGCCAGGGGGACUUGCUGGGUGACCUGCUGAACCUGGACCUGGGCCCUCCAGUCAAUGUGCCCCAGGUCUCCUCCAUGCAGAUGGGGGCCGUGGACCUUCUGGGAGGAGGCCUGGACAGUUUGCUGGGGGGAGACCUGGGCGGAGGUGUUGGGGGAAGUCCAGCAGUGGGACAGAACUUCAUCCCCUCAUCUGUGCCCAGUACUUUUGCUCCGUCACCUACACCAGCUCCUCAAGCUGUCAGCAGUGGCCUUAAUGACUUGUUCGAGCUUUCCACAGGCAUGGCCAUCACCACUGGAGGCCAUAUAGCCGCAAAAUCAGUGUGGCUGCCUGCAGUGAAGGCCAAGGGACUGGAGAUCUCUGGCACCUUCUCUCGCCGCCAGGGCCACAUGUACAUGGACAUGACCUUCACCAACAAGGCCCUGCAACACAUGACUGACUUCGCUGUCCAGUUCAACAAGAACAGUUUUGGGAUGAUCCCUACCAGUCCUCUGCCUGUUCACACUCCACUGAUGCCCAGCCAGACUAUUGAGGUCUCUUUGCCUAUCAACACCAUUGGGCCUGUCAUGAAGAUGGACCCACUCAAUAAUCUCCAGGUGGCUGUGAAGAACAACAUCGACGUCUUCUACUUCAGCGUGCUCAUCCCUCUCAACAUAUUCUUUGUUGAGGAUGGGAAAAUGGAGCGACAGGUGUUCCUGGCUACCUGGAAAGACAUCCCUAAUGAGAACGAGCUACAGUACCAGAUAAAGGAGUGCCACCUCAAUGCAGACACGGUAUCAGGGAAGCUGCAGAGUAAUAACAUCUUCACCAUUGCCAAGAGGAACGUAGAAGGCCAGGACAUGCUCUACCAGUCCCUCAAGUUAACCAACGGCAUCUGGAUCUUAGCUGAGCUCCGCAUUCAGCCCGGCAACCCCAACUACACGCUGUCUCUCAAGUGUCGGGCCCCAGAGGUUUCUCAGUACGUCUACAUGACGUACGACUCUGUGCUGAAGCCCUGAGCUGCUUCAACACUAAGCAGCUCUGCUUCGUCCUGAUGACAAACUGCAGUGUUUUAUCAUUUUCUGCCAUUCGCAGCUAACUGCCAAAACAACGGAAUCCAAACAGUAGAUGAUGGGAGACUAAAUAGUCUGGGGUUUUCUUCUGAAGUGAUCAACAAGGCAAAUGUCAGUCAAAAGUACAGCGGGUGUGUAUUGUACUGAAAUUGAACAGGACAAACACUGUUGAUGUUUCCUUUAUUUUGGCAGUUGAAAGCAUUAUUAACUCCUCUUAUUCAAGUCCCCAUUUCUAUUUUUACCUCCCAGAGAAAACACGUCGACCAUUCCAUCCUUAACUUAGUGUCUUAAUGUUGUAAAGAUGUGACUGAUGGUUUAACUGUCAUGAGUGGGGAGAAAAGAAUCUCCCAAGUUUUCCAUGAAGCCAUUUCUUUUCUCACAUUCCUUUUGGAUUUGCUUUAUUUUUGAUAUUGACUUUGCUUCAGUUGCACCUACAGACUAAUACCAGUGUUGCUUUGUUCCUAUUGCCAUUCAUGUUUGUGACGAGUAAACCUUCUUAUACACAGUCUGUGGUAGAAACCCACAAUGUGAUUGAAGCUGCUAGCGUCGGUCCUACACCGGGUUAUCCUCCUGGAGGUCAUAGCUUACAAUAACUUCCAGAGACAUGCUUAACUAACAAACAUUAUACAUACAUCACAGUGAGCAGCAUAUGGACUCCCGUUUUUCCUGUCAUGACUUUAAGCACACCGCACAGCUUCUUGUAUUUAAUGUGAUUACUUACAAUUUGCGCAGAGUUUAGAUAUAUUAAUUGCUUUUUCCUCCAUAAGUAUGAAACAUUGUGCAGUAAUUGAAAAACUUGACAUUCCAAAAUCGUUGGAAAAACGAAAAUGUAGACCAGAGAUGAGUAAGAAAUGUAACCACCAAAUCUACGUGACAAGUGAUAAAACACAGAAGCAGGUCCUGUUGAGGUCUUUAUUCCAAACAUCUUUUCAUCAGCCAUCAGCACUGUUUUAUUAACACUCCACCCUUUUCACCUCAGCUGCACCUAAAUGUCUUCCGAAGAGUUAGAUUAUUUUUUAUGCACAUUUUUUGUUUUGUUUUAGAUGUUUUAAUGGUUAAAUUCAAAAUGCAAAAAGCUAAAGAAAAUAAGAAAUGUCAUGUGAAGCAACGUCAUUGGACCUGUUCUGACAUACAGCUAAUCUUUACUCAAUUAUAAAGUCAUGUAAAGAAGCAAACUGUAGUGAGGUGUCAGCAGGCUACAGUAUUUAAGUGGAGGAACACAAACUGUCAGUGGAACAGCCGGUCAAGAAGCUUCUGGCUGAAAAUAACACACUGCACAUUUGUUUAAAAAGACACAAACCACAGCAACUAUUGAUAAUCUGUUAACAGGCCAGUGCCACUUUGUUUUCAGAAUAUUUGUUAGUUAAUUUCCCAUGUAAAUUUUUGUUUUAGCCCCGUUUACUGCAACCACAUAGUUGCACACGGCUUUAUGCACCUCCAUUGUCAUUCCUAUUUAUUGUGCAUCUACCUCUGUGUGUUUCCUUUUUAACUGGCUUUAUUGUUGCAGUAGCUUCAAUUCUGUAAUGUGCUUUAAAUGUUUUCACCUUUCUUUUUGAUACCAGUGUCUUUGCUAUCUUCAUGCCAUUGUUGUCAAGCCAGUCUAAACCUGGGGCAAGUCAGGCCUAACCAAUCUCACAGGACCAAGCAUUCACGCAAACAAAAUGCCCAAGCUUAUGUUUUAAUUCCCUAGUGUCGAUACCACCCUCUGAUGUUGGCUUUGUGUGUGCUAAUAGAACAUAGGGUGCAUAUGCUCUAAGGCCAAGAGUUGCGCUAGUACAGUGUAGUCAAGUGAUGGUGUAGUUUAUGUAGCUAAUACAUUUAAAUGUUUUGGUAUUACCCUACAAAGGAAAUAAAGCCUUGCCUCUAUCUAUUCAACAGAAAAGACGUUUUUGUAUUGGUGACACUAUUUUCCUACAUGGAAAUGUAGAAAUCCAUUUUUAAAUGUGCCUGCAUGAGAGUCCACUGUUGAUUUUAUCCUUUUUCAUUUCGGCUAUGGCUUUGCUCCAUUUAAAAUCUAAUCUCCCAACUUCAUGUCUGUUGUUUUAAGCAGCAUCAUCUCUAGCACUCCCACACAUUGAAGUAUAUAUCCAAAUCAUUUGCCAGCAACACAAUGUAUGGCGAGAGCUAUCAUAACAUCCUUGCUGUAACCCUGUUGUAAAUUAUUUGUCAUUGUCACAGUACCACAUCUUAUGUCAUUAAACUGCCAAACACAUGAUGCA